UAAAUAUAGAAGGAUUUUACAAUAUAGAGUUCGAUCAGUUUGCGUUACUAACUCGAGUUUGCCAUUACACAUUGGUUAUCAUUCUCUUAAGGAUAUUUUACAAGAUUCUAUCUCACAGAAAGAUCUCUUUUGAAAAAUGUUUGCUGCUCUUCUUGUUUUUACGCUUGCGACUGCGCAUGCGGCAGAAUUGCCAUCCUACAUUCGCGUAUGUGGCCGCAAAGAUGCCAACUAUGAUCAAUGCAUCAUGGAAAAUCUCAACAGUGUGAGAGAAAAGCUCUGCACAGGAAUGCCGGAAUUUAACAUUCCCUCGAUCGAGCCAAUAGUUAUUGACAAAAUAGUUAUCUAUGAUACAGAUAAUCUUAAAUUAUCUCUCAGAGAUUCAAAAAUAACUGGAGUAUGUGAUUUCGUCGUAAACUCCAUUCACACAGAUUCUGACAGGCUCAACUUCAAUUUUGAUGUCACAUUCAAGCAUUUGGUCGCGCGUACUUUAUAUGACUUUGAUAUACAUAUACUGGUGCCCCUUGCUAAUAAGGGAUUGGCUACCAUUACAUCAGAUAACGGACUGAUGAAAGUAAACAUGGAAUUAAAAGUGGCAACCAAGGGCGGCAAAAAGGAGAUAUAUGUCUCGAAAAUAAACACGAAAGCCAAAAUCGUAUCUUUUAAUUAUAAGUUUGAUGAAAGCGAAAAAGAAUUAGUUCAACUGCAUCAAGCUCUUAGUAAUGUCGUAGAUAGCAAUUCACAAGAUAUAAUUGCUAAAGUUGAACCAGUAUUAGAAGAGAAGAUAUCAGGAAUAAUCAUCUCAAUUUUCAACAACAUGACCCGUUCCAAUUAUGAGAUACUAUUUCCCGAAGAAGCAUGAAUUGUCUGAGUCUUUGAGAUUGCAAGAUCACUUCUUACACAUGCUGCGAAAUCAAAGAAUAACUAGAACAAAUUUUGUUAUAAUGGUUUGAGAAAGUCAGUGAUAUAAAAUUUAUUUUAACUAAGAAAUGGUAGACAUUAAUAUUUAUUAGAGUGCCGCAGCGUAAUAUUUGGUGUAAUAGUUGGUCGGCUAAAAAUGUCUCUGUAUUAUUUUAAAUGUUAGUAGACCAGUUAUAAGAUUAUCAAGUAGUAAAUAUUGCAACAAUUACA